AUGGCGGAGCUACUGAAAAUAAGAAGUGAACUUGAAGACUUCCAAAAGGAGCAUUUCUACAGAAACAGUCUAGCUGAAGAGAACCGACAGAGGGACCACCAGGCUGCCACCCAGAUUCAGAGCUGGUUCAGAGCCUGCAAGGUGCGGGCUUACCUCAGCCAUCUGCACAAGAAGGCAAUCAUUAUACAGAAGAUAUGGCGGGGCUUCACAGCAAGGGCACGUUUCAGACAAAUGGUGAAGGCGGCAUAUUUUAUCAUGAAGAUGAAUUUCUACGAGGAGAUGGCGGUCAGGAUUCAGCAAAAAUGGAGAGGAUACUUUGUGAGGAAGUAUAUCCAUAACUUUUACGCACGCAAGAACUAUCUGGAAGGACUCUCCAUGAAGAACAAAAUAGUCAGGAGACAGCUGGAUGAAGUGGAGGAACUCCAGCAGAGAGAGAGAUACUGUCUGGAGAUGGUAAAAGACCAGACAGCCAAGGUCUACCAAGCUCAUCGGUUACAUCACCUCCUCAGUACAAAGCAGUGCCCUGGGGUCUUCAAUUCUCCAUUCAGGCCUGACCCCCAUGAGAUGGAGCUACUGCUGAGGCAGGUCAAAUACCAGGCCCCCACCAAGCUGGCCUCCAGGGAAGGGGCUUGUCUCUUGAGCCCACCAGCCCCAACAGCCCCGAGUUUUCCUGGGACUCUUGGAUCCCCAUGGAUCAAAAGUAGAACCUGCUGUAGGCCAGUACUGCCCCCCAUUGCUAGCAAGAGACAGCAGGGCCUGUUCAGAGAGCCAGGGGAAGUGUGGGAGCAGCGCUUGCGUUUUCCUGAGCUGUCUUCACAUCUGCAGACCUCUUACACACACCUAGAGGAGGUGCAGAAUGAGCUACGACAACUGGAGUCUGUAAGAUUCCACAGUAGCACACCAGGAACAGAAAGGAUGAUCCACCAUCUCUGUCACAGCAGGAAUUCUUUCAGUCAGCCAGCCUCUGCCAAGAGAUUCCGAUAGCCGUUCAAGA